CAUACUGAACCAUCACCAUACCUCAAUGUACAUCAUUUUCCAAGGCUGCAGUCAAUCAUUUUGAACUUUCAUUUGCUGUGUGUGCUGUUUAAGAAACUAUUCCUUUUAUCUAUUGUAGAACGUAUCUCCUGAAGGGAUCAGUUUUAAACAGGGAAGACCGAGGAACAAUUCCUGCAGGAGCUGUCUCUGAACUAAGAAAUAUAUUUAUCUGAGUGACAUUUUAAGGAAGGCAAAAUGACUCAAUUCACAAAUCCUGGUGUGGGAACAUUUACAGCAUGGGACUAUGUCAUUUUUGCAUCGCUGUUUAUAAUUUCUUCUGCAAUAGGGGUCUUUUUUGCCAUUAAAGAAAGGAAGAAUGCUACCUCCCGUGAGUUUCUGGUUGGAGGGAAGCAGAUGGUCUGUGCUCCAGUCGCCUUGUCUCUCACUGCCAGUUUCAUGUCUGCAGUGACUGUUUUGGGAGGUCCCUCGGAGGUUUAUCGGUAUGGGGCUUCUUUCAUCCUCUUCUGCAUCGCUUUCACGUUUGUUGUCAUCUUCACAGCAGAACUCUUCGUCCCUGUUUUCUACAGAUCAGGAAUUGCCAGCACAUAUGAGUACUUGGAAUUGAGGUUCAAUAAGGUGAUUCGUGUUGCCGCUACCGUUAUAUACAUCCUGCAAACUGUUCUUUACACAGGUGUUGUGGUUUAUGCCCCAGCUCUGGCACUGAAUCAAGUGACUGGUUUUAAUCUGUGGGGCUCAGUAUUUGCUACAGGGAUUGUUUGCACCUUCUACUGCACCCUGGGUGGCUUGAAGGCAGUGGUGUGGACAGAUGUCUUCCAGAUGAUUGUGAUGAUACUGGGAUUUUUAACAGUUCUUAUCCAAGGAACCAUCAAGUUAGGGGGAAGCAGCAACAUGUGGAAGAUAGCUAGGGAUGGCCAAAGACUCAAUGUUUUUGAUUUUGCAGUAGAUCCUUUGAGACGACACAGCUUCUGGACACUGGCAGUUGGGGGCACAUUUACCUGGUUAGGAAUCUACGGAGUGAACCAAUCCACCAUCCAAAGAUGCAUUUCAUGCAAAUCGGAAAAACAUGCUAAAAUGGCACUGUACCUGAAUUUGCUCGGACUGUGGGUCAUCAUUGUCUGUGCGGUGUUCUCUGGACUAGUGAUGUACAGCUACUAUGUAAACUGUGAUCCAUGGACUGCAGGAUUCAUUUCAGCUUCAGACCAGCUGAUGCCCUAUUUUGUUAUGGAAAUAUUGGGAUACUUACCAGGACUUCCUGGGCUUUUUGUAGCCUGUGCAUUUAGUGGCACACUUAGCACAGUAGCUGCCAGUAUUAACGCCCUGGCAACUGUAACGUAUGAAGAUUUUGUGAAACAGUGCUUCCCCAACGUGUCGGAAAAGACAAGCACCUGGAUUAGCAAGGGCUUGUGUGUAGUGUUUGGUGUGGUUUGUACUUCAAUGGCAGUUGCAGCAUCAUUAAUGGGAGGUAUCAUACAGGCGGCGCUCAGUAUUCACGGGAUGUGUGGGGGGCCAAUGCUUGGGUUAUUUACCUUGGGCAUUUUAUUUCCUUGUGCAAACUGGAUUGGUGCAAUCGGAGGCCUGGUCAUUGGAGUAACCUUAUCAUUCUGGCCUGCGAUUGGUGGCUUUAUGUAUCCUGCACCAUCAUCAAAGACACUACCUUUAUAUUUAAGUACAAAUGGUUGCUUACCACUGAACACAUCGGAUCUUUUUUCAACAUCAUUGCCAACCGUAAUCCCCACGGAGAAUUACAGACCUCCACUGGCAGACAGCUGGUAUUCUAUAUCCUACCUCUACUACAGUCCUUUGGGUUUUCUAGGGUCAUCAGUAGCAGGUCUUCUGCUAAGCUUUCUAUCAGGGCGCACACGCAAUGGAAAUGUGAAGCCUUUGCUGAUCAGACCAGUCUGCAAUCCGUCAGAGGAGUUCAUAAGGGAGUGUUGCUUUGGUCAAGGAGUGAAGGAAACCAUAGAGGCUAACAUUGAAAAUAAAAUGUCAGAUAACGGUUUGGCAGUGGACAUAAGCAAGGUGAUGAACAUUCCAUCGGCAUAUAUCCCAGAACAACACACACAUUGUAAUUUUGUUGUGAUUAAAGAUACUUAUCUUUAGUUUCACAAGAUAAUUGUGGUGGAUAUUUAAGACUAAACUUCAUGCAACUGAACUGUUACCGUAGGAAGUGGGGAAAUAAUUAUUUGGACAGAUAUCAGUUAAAAAUCAUAGGUUUGAUAAUUCCACCGUAGUUAAUAAGCCAAAUGGAAAAACAACUUUCUCAUCAUGCACCUCUCUAUGAAGUUCACCACUUCAACACUAGAUCACAAUAGCAAUGGAGCUGAGUAGCUUUGAAGUACUGAGCCCAUUAGGAAGAGCACUUUCAAAGCCACUGGCAUAUCACUGUACUUUCCACUUUUCUUCAAUGGGGUAAUGAGCUUCUGUUUUAUAGAAUUUGAUGAAUUCAGUUCAAGUUAGCUGCUAGUUGCAUCGAAAGGUUCAUAUGACUUUGUACACUUUGGUAGGAAACAUACAUAACAGCAGUGUAUUAUAUAAAUGGUAAUGGUACGCCAGUCUUUCCAAAAAAAAGGGACCUAGAUGUCUUUGUACACUAGCCACUGAAAGCAAACAAACAGUGCAGGGAGCAUUUAGGAAGGCAAAUGGCAUGUUGGUCUUCACUGCAGAAGUGUUUGAGUACAAGAACUGCAUAGGGCGUUGGUGAGAAUAUACAUGAACACUGUGCGCAGUUUUUGUCUCCUGACCUAAGAAAGGUAUGCUUGCUGUAUAGGGAGUACAGUUAAUGUUCAUUAAUUGGCACGUCCAUCAUGUAAGGCAUGGUUGGAUCCCUAAGAGGGCCCUCACUGAUUUCUGACAGGGCUGUGCAAACUGGAUGCAGUGAAGAUAUUUCCCUGUGGCCAGGGUGCAAACAACAGGGCAUUAUAGUCUCAGCAUACAUUGUAGGCUAUUUCAGAUAGAGAUGACGAGUUAUUUCUUCACUGAGGGGGUAAGGAACCUGUAGAAUUCUCUGCUGCAGAAAGCAAUGGAGGCCAUGUCACUUCACUGUGUACAUUUAACAAAAUAGUAAAUGGAUUUCUAGAUGCUAAAGGUAUCAAUGGGUAUGAGGUGGCGGGGGUGAGUUUGGGGUGAUGGUAGAUUAGAAGCUCUAUCAUGAUGAUGUUAAAUGUCAGAGUGAGCUUGAUGGGCUUUUCAACCUACUCCUGCUUAUAUUUUCUCAGUUUAACUGAUAAGAAUUUAGAAUUGAGAAAGAGCUGGAGGAAUAUUGAGGUUGUACAGGACUUUGGUGAGGCCUUUCCUGGAGUACUAUGUCCAGUUCUGGUCACCCAGUUAAAUUAAGGAUAUUAUUAAGCUGGAGAGGGUUCAGAAUAGAUUUACCAGGAUGUUGGCAUGUAUGGAAGAUUUAAGUUAUAAAGAAAAGUUGGAUACGCUGAGGCUUUUUCACCAGCGUGUAGGAGGUCGAGGCGCAACCUGUUAAAAGUUUAUAAAAUAAUGAGAGAUAGAGAUAGAGUUAAUGAUAGUUGCCCUUUCUCUGGGCUGGGUGAUUUCAAGAUGAAGGGGGCACGUUUUUAAAGUGAGAGGAGAAAGACUUAAAAAAGACAUGAGAGACAUUUUUUUAUCACACAGAGGGUGGUUUGCAUGUGGAAUGAACCUCUUCAGGAAUUGGUGGAUGUGGGUACAAUUAUAACGUUUAAAGUACAUUUGGAUCGGUGCAUGAAUAGGAAAGAUUUGGAGCAUUAUGAACGAGGAGCAGGCAAGUGGGACUGGUUUAGUUUGAGAUUUUGGUCGGCUUGGACUGAUUGGCCUGAAGGGUCUGUUUCUGUGCUGUAUGAUGCUAUGAUCCUAUGACUUUAUGAAUGACAAGGUGGGCGAAUUAAGAGUAAAAUCUACAGUAUCAGGAAGAGGGAAUGAAAGCAAGAUUAGCUUAAAGAGGCAGAGAGAAUGACAUUAAGAUAAGAAACAAAACUAGACUUAAAACAUUUUAUAUGAGUUUGCACAAUUGUAGUAGUUUCCAUUCUGGGCCUAGGAGAGGUUGAGUGUCAUUUCAGGAAAAUUAAUCUCAUGGUCAAUAUGAUUCUUAGACUGUUAACUACCAGCCCUAACCUUCUCUGGUAACUUUGAUGGAAAUGAAUGUAAAAGUGAAGGAAUUCCAUAGAUGCUAUGAGGAAACCGUGAGCAAGUUUUUAUUUUCAUUGAGUCAAUAGGAAAGUAACAUGAGUUAUCCAGCAGCUUGUGCUGACUUGCUUUUCUCAGUGUAUCUUCCCUCACUAUACAGCAAACGUUUUAUUAACCAGCACCUAUGGAACUAGGAGUGUGCCAGUUGAUCAAGUAUUCCUGUUAUUAUAGAAGAACCAUAGAAUUUCCACUUUUUGGAAACGGGCCACACUGCCCAUUGAGUUCAUGCUGGCCAUCUGAUAAAGCUUCCCACCCAGACCCACACACCCUACUUUAUUCCUGUAACCCAGCAUUUCCUAUGGCCAAUCUAUUUGGCCGGUAAAUCGUUGGAUACUAUAGCACAACCAAUCCACCUAACUUGCACAUCUUUGGACUGUGGGAGGAAACCGGAGCACCCGGAGAAAACCCACACAGACACAGGGAGAAUGUAGAAACUCCACACAGACAGUCACCUGAGGCUGGAAUCAAACCGGGUCCCUGGUGCUGUGGGGCAGCAGUGCUAGCCACUGAGACACCGUGCUGAUCAAGAGGUCUACAUAAUCACUAUAAAAACACACACUAAGUAACAGAAAUGUAAUGGAGGGAGUAUACACAUCACUGUCCUUCUUUAUUUAUAACAUAAGUCACUUAAACAAUAAUGCAACUUUGUCUUAAGUUAAACUUACUGGCAGAUAGGCUUUUCACUCACACCCUGACUGACUACUCGGACAUCGUAGAGGUUGUGAUAAUGCAGUAAACUUGCAGUAUUUCACAGAUAUAAUGCUUGCCGGUUUAUCAAGUGGGCCAGUUCGAAAGAUGCUGGUUAAAACAAAUGUUGCUCUAUAUUCUUUGCCAAUUUAUACACUGACAAUGGUUUGAGCUUUAAAAACAGAAUUAUUCUGCCAGCAAAUUCUGGCCCAAUGUGAGACUUCUGGAGGAGACAGUGUGACAACUGGAUUCCCCUCGAAACAAACACUGUUUGUACAGUGGCAUUAUGGAAUUAUACUCGCACAGUGUUAAUUACAGAGUAUAUUUUCACUGAUCCAAACAUUGAUGUGCGUACAAUUAUUUAUUAAUGAAAAUUCUCAUAUCCAAAUCUGUAUUAUACAGUCAUUACAAUUUGUACAUGUAAAUCUUACAAAAUUAAACAUAGCAUUUCGUAAAUAUUACAGUACAGGC